AUGAGCCAACGUCACCUCCAUAAUGCAUCCCAGCUUACGGAGCACGAACUAUGGGAACAAAACUCGGAUUAUGCCCCAACUCCUGGCUAUUGUGGCAGCCCCUACGCAGCGCUAUCUACCUUGAGCCCCUCCCCUUCGAUCGUAGCUGAGAAUGGCAUCGAGCCCUCCAGUCCAUCUGGCUCACGCAUUCCCAAAUUUGUUCAGCUUUGUGAAUGGGAAGAUGGAAAAUCCUACGAUGAAGACCCGCCAACGUGUAUCCACUACCGCAUAGAGUGGCGAGUGACCGUCAAUAAUAGGGAGGUGUCAAAGGACACAGAGGAAGAUGUCGUUUUGGCACCCAGCGCCUUCUGGCAGCUGUCAUUGGAGAAGAAGCUAGAGAAAGCUCUUCUGGAAAACUGCUCGCCAUCGCCAAUUGAGACCUGA